AUGAAUCUUGAUUUCACUGAAAACAGGAAUAUUUCUAUUCCAUCUUACUUCUACAUCACUGGUUUGUCUGGUAUGCUUCACAUGAGGUACUAUUACAUUUGUCUGUUUUUUGUCUAUUUUAUCUCUUUGCUUGGAAACUCCUGCCUCAUGUUUGUUAUCAUUAUGGACCGAAAUCUUCACACUCCUAAAUAUAUCUCUGUCUUUAAUUUAUCACUGACAGACAUUUGUGAGAGUACUGCUGUGAUCCCUCAGCUACUGGAUACAUUUUUGUUUGGGAAUCAGUUGAUACCUUAUGGGUUGUGCAUGUCCAAUAUGUUCUCCAAUAUGUUAUUUUUUACAGAGCAGUCACUAACUCUCACUGUUCUUUCUUAUGACAGAUCAGUUGCUAUUUCAUUACUACUGAGGUAUCAUAUGAUUGUGACCCACAGAUCAAUGCUUGUUAUAAUUGGUGCUUCAUGGACACUAGCACUGUUGCUAACAAUGAUCGGAGCAAUUUUUAUGAGCAGACUUUCUUUCUGCAAAGUUAUUGUCACUGUUAACAGUUUCUACUGUGAUCAUGGGCCUAUAUAUCGUUCUGCUUGUAACAAUAAUUUUCCAAGUUCUGUGAUAGCCAGUUUGUUCCCAGCGAUCAUCCUUGGGUUUCCAGUAUUUUUUAUUAUCUUUUCAUUUAUAUGCAUAGCUGUAACAUUGUUCAGAAUCACAACCCCACAAGACCGUCAAAGAGCCACAAAGACAUGUACUGCUCAUUUAAUAUUAGUGGCUAUAUUUUAUGUGCCCAUAACCUUUACAUAUGCUCUUUCGUCAGUUAUAAAUGCUAACACAAGGAUUUUUAAUCUAUCUCUGACCACUGUGCUUCCUCCAAUGCUUAACCCGAUAAUCUACACAUUCAUGACAGAGGAGUUCAUGGUGUCUGUGAAAAGACUUCUUAAAAGACAAAUCACGUUUCUGUCUUGGAAAUAA